AUGAAUGAUGAGUUCCAGUCCAGAGAAGAAAUCACUGUCGACAACAUCCUCAUCACACCAGGUGUAGCCAGUGCGAUUGACGGGCUCGCUUGGUCAAUUUGUGAGGACGGGGAUGGUAUCUUAGUUCCUCAACCAUUUUACAAUGGCUUCACCGUGGAUCUACUCAACAGAAGCAAUGCCCGCAUUGUGGGGGUGACGUAUCAAGAUAUUGAAGGAUAUACCAGUCUCGACGAUCUCUUCAGCCCUGACAUGAAUGCAAAGGCUCUCGAGGCGGCUCUCCGUAGAGCGCAAAAUGACGGCAUCACCGUGAGAGCUCUUUUGAUCUCCAACCCUCACAACCCCCUCGGAAGAUGCUAUCCCGCUGAGACGUUGAGAGAGUUUAUUGCCUUCUGUGGAAGGAAUGGACUGCACUUCAUCUCAGAUGAAAUUUACGCCAAAUCGCCAUUCACCAACCCUGCUAUCCCGAACCCUGUCCCUUUCAUAUCCACCCUUUCUCUGGAUUACCAUCAGCUUAUAGACCCAUCGCUUGUGCAUAUUCUCUAUGGCGCAAGCAAAGACUUUUGCGCAAACGGUCUUCGACUGGGACUUGUUUGCACACAGAAUAAGGGUAUUUUGGGAGCAAUGUCGAGCAUUGGGAUAUUUUCCUGGUCUCCUCACCUCCUUCAAGAUAUCUGGGCUGCAAUGCUUGAAGACAGGGAGUGGCUGGGGAGGUUCAUGACGAAGAAGGCAAAACUUAUGGCAGAGAACUAUAAGAUUGCAACUUCCUUCCUUUCAGGCCGAGGAAUCAACUACUACGAAAUGAACGCCGGUCUCUUCAUCUGGGUUGAUCUACGUCACUUGUUUGUUCCCAAGUCGGCAUCACAGUCUUUAGAUGGCAGCAUCGCGGAAGCGCAGUCUAGCACCAGCACUUACCAGAAGCGCGAGGUGCAGAUAGCGGAUAUAUGCUCCAAAAAUGGUGUUCUUAUUGCGCCAGGAAGCGUAUAUGUUCCUGAGGAGCUUGGCUGGUUCCGCAUUACCUUCACCUUGCAACAGGUGGCGUUGGAAGAAGGACUAGAACGAGUGUGGAAGUCUCUUCAAGAGAUUGAAUUUCUUGACGAGUGA